GUAGCCAAUCAGGAGCUUCCACCGUGUGUUUGCAAACACUGUAAAGACCCGGAUGUCCCGUUCUCGGACAUUCUUCUGAGUCUUUUCUUCGCGGCUGGAAACUCGCAGGACUUAUUCGAGUCUUCUAAACAGAUUAAAGAUUCCAGCGGCGAACCGAGUCAACAUGGAUGUGAGGGGAUCUCCACAAAAGACCACCAGUCUUCUCAUCAAAACCCCCAGCCAGGCUCAGGAGGACCGAACCGUCGACGGUGUCAGUCUGAGCUGGACCGUCAGGGAUCUGAAAACCCACUUGUCGACUGUCUACCCAACGAGACCGGCUGUGAGUGAGCAGAGGCUGAUCUUUGCUGGGAAGCUGCUGCCGGACCAUCUGCACCUGAAGGAUCUCUUCAAACAGGCUGACAUUGUUCCCACGCUGCACCUGGUCUGCACAGUGAGGAGUCCACCCCCACCUGGAGCUCCGCCUAAGACCACAGACUCCCAUCAGCCACCUGCUGCCUCUCCCAUGCCGGCCUCGGCCUCUGUCCAGACCUCCAGCGCGCCCGAGCUGAGGCAGAGGAGGCAGACGUCUCCCCCCACAGCUGCUGCGCCCCCGCCGUCUUCCCCAGGAGCCGCUGCAUGGUCUGAGGCCCCCCAGGUGACCCCGCCCACCUUCCCAGCGUUCUCCCUGUACAGCCCCCAGCAGCUGCUGUGGCUGCAGCACGUCUACGCCCGCCAGUACUACAUGCAGUACCACGCAGCUCUGGCAGCAGCCGGCUCCUCCUCGUCUCUGACCGCCGUCAGCCCCUACCCUCCUGUCCCCGCCCACCAAGUUCCUGUCCCGCCUCCGCUGGCCAACCAGAACCCCAUCGACAACCUGCCGGCCAAUCAGAACCCCGUGCAGGACGCGGGCUUCAUCAAUGCCGGGGAGGCCAACCAGAACAUGCGGAUGAACGCGCAGGGGGGCGCCGUGGUGGAGGACGAGGACGGGGUGGAGCGCGACUGGCUGGACCAUCUGUACUCUGCAGCCAGGCUGGGGGUUCUGCUGGUGAUCGUCUACUUCAACUCCAGCCUGAGCCGCUUCCUGCUGGUGACCAGCACGCUGCUGCUCAUGUACCUACACACGGCAGGCUGGUUUCCCUUCCGGAGGCGAGUGCAGGUCCAGCAGAACCCGGACAGGAACCCUCCUCCAGAUCUGGCGGGUGAAGCAGCUGGCGGCCAGGGGGAGGAGCCUGCAGCUGAGGGGCCAGAGGGGGCCAGCUCCAUGACAGCGGUGUUGGUGCCUCCUCACAGAGUGUCCAUCAUGUGGACGGCCUGGGUCUUCUUCAAAGGGUUCUUCUCCUCCCUCAUACCUGAGGUUCCUCAGGAGAUGGCCCACUGAUGCACUCUUUAUCCUUCUGGAGCUUCUGCUGGAGGCGGGAGCUGAGGAUCAUCGGGCUGAGAGGAAACGGCUGCUGGGGGACGGCGGGCCCUCCGGUGGGGUCCCUCAUCGCCUCCUGCAUUUGACAGUUGAGCUGCAGACGGCAGCGACAUGGAGCUCUGGGGCUCGAGCCACUGUGCACGUGUUCUGCCCACAGACUGGUGGAGCGUGCACGGACCAACACGGAUCAGGACGCUGAAGAAUCCACAGAUCAGACCCAGGGUUUCCACACGAGCUGCUAUAGGAAGAUCUCUCGUUAUUCAACCAAAGGCAGAAACGUGUUUGAACUCACGAUCAUGUGACCUGUCAUGUGACCUGUCAUGUGACUCCUCUGCAGGCUGCAGAAGGAGUCUUAUCUGCCAAAUGAAGCUGUAAAACACUGUAAAUAUUUUCCACACUAAGCACUUUAACAGGCUUUGAUGCUAACUUCCUCUUCAUUAGAAUGACUUGUUUUAAAAGUUUCUGCAGAGUUUUAAUUUUUAUCGCUUCUAAAUAUGAAAAUAGGUUUUUCAAAAUUGUAGAAUUAUGGUAAACAUUUUAAUGUCAGAGAUUUUCCAGUGAUGUACGAGGACAAGCUGCAAUAAAAGUUUUCUAGAUAAAAGA